GCGGUGCGCGCGGGCGUACAGUACACUCAGAUUCCACUCGAGAGCAGACGACUGCCAACGGUUUCAAAAUAUUAAGUAUUAAAAAUAUUAAUUUGAUACAAAAUAUUUUACGCUACGGUUUAUUUCUGUGAGGUUAUGGGCAAGGCACCGCUCUGAGGGAGUGCCGAGCAGUACGACUUUGUCAUUUUACCCACGGAAAUAAUGAUGAAGAAGGAUAUUAACUUGAGCCUGGCGGAGGACGCAGACCUCAAACCGCAUCUCCGCGAUGCUGAGAGCAUCCUCAGCUCCCCGGACCUGGGGCUGCUCAAACUGGCCUCUCCGGAGCUGGAGAGGCUGAUCAUCCAGUCCAACGGCAUGGUCACCACGACACCGACCAGCUCCCAGUUCCUCUACCCGAAGACGGUAACGGAUGAGCAGGAGUUCGCCGAGGGCUUCGUGAAGGCGUUGGAGGACUUGCACAAGCAGAACCAGCUGAACGGAGACGGGCAGGCGAACGGCACCCUGGAUCUGGGCGCCAACAUCGCCCCGGUCACCGUCCAACCGGAUCUACCGGUAUAUACGAACCUGAACAGUUACGGCACCGGGCCAUUGGGAACCACUGUCAACUACUCUACGGACACAGUCCCUUUCCCGCCUCCUCCGUCACAUCAUUUGGGGGCAGCCCCGCCGCAGUCAGAGCUCUCUCGGGUCCAGCCGCUGAAGGAGGAGCCUCAGACGGUCCCCGACGUUCAGAGCUUCGGGGAGAGCCCGCCACUGUCCCCCAUCGACAUGGACACACAGGAGCGCAUCAAAGCCGAGAGGAAGAGGCUCAGGAACAGGAUUGCAGCUUCAAAGUGUCGGAGGCGCAAACUGGAGCGGAUCUCCAGGCUGGAGGACAAGGUCAAAACGCUGAAAAGUCAAAACACCGACCUGGCUUCGACGGCUAGCCUGCUAAGAGAGCAAGUGGCCCAGCUGAAACAGAAAGUCCUCACCCAUGUUAACAGCGGCUGCCAGCUGCUGCCACACGAAGUUCAAGUGCACUAGCCAGAGGGACAGACCUGCAGUUGGGCUACUGACCAGGAUAUAAGCUUCAUGGACUUUGUUAAUGUUGUUUUAUCUGUAUGUAGCGUUGCCCAGAUAUGUGCUGUUCUUGGUGGAAUGAACGCCAGGCCACAUAGGCCAAAUUUUACAUUAAUAGGCGGUUUUAAAAUGCUUUGAACAUUGGCAAAAUGUAAACAUACGCGGUAGAACAUAAUAUAAGAUAAUAAUUGAUGAGACUCUUCCGCUAUAAUUGGCAGCUAAUUUGGACAAGUUUUAUUCCUUAAGCAAUUUCCAGAAUCCCCAAUGACUCCACGCCUCCGCUCGGUGGAGAAAACAAAUCAGUAUAAGCAUUGCAUAUUUAAAUGAGCAAUUUGCUUAUUGGUUUAUGGGAUUUACGCCGAAAUAAAGAGCGUUUUCCUUUGAUAUGCUCAAUGUAUAAAAUCCUGCUCUACCUCGUAUCUAUGUUUACUGAUGAACAAGGCAGCUUUAAACUGCUAUUUCUUUCUAUGGAUUUUGGCCAUAGUCUUCUCCGAUGGGGGAAAAGAGGCACUUAUCGGGGGGCUGUAUACUCAAUUCAAUUGGGUCUACAGACGGCACAUGUCGAUAUUUUUUCUUGUAAAAAUGUUUACAGACUGACUGUGUCUUACAGUCUCAUACCUGGACCAAACAGAUUAAAAAUAUUUAUAGGAGAAUAUGCACAUUUGUGACAUAGAUAUCCUUAACACAUGGAACACAUGAGGGAUUGGCUGUAAGAAAAAUGCAUACACCUACAUUUGAUAUGUAAGAGAUAAUCUACAUAUAUAUAACCUAUUUACCACGUAUUUCUGUAGGGAACAAUUUGCAUGUUGUUGACAAACUCGAAUGUUGCCCACAGCUGGGUGUCACAGGGCGCAAUUAAUCAGUGUUUAUUAUCUUCAACCUUUACAAACACUUGUAAUUAUAUAUUUUUUACUCUACUGUGUCCUAUUUCCGUGUGUCCUCAUUUUAAAUGUGAAAAGUCGUAACCUUUUUGUUGCACCGACUGUUGCUGUCACCUCUAGCCUACAGUUAUUUGGCUUCAUGCCGAUGUGUUCUGAAUUAAAUGCUGCUCGGCAAUAAACACUGUUUCCUCUA